AAAAAUUAAAAAUUUAAUUUUAAACCGAAAUUAAGAAAAGCGUGUGAUUUAUAAAUUCUCUUUUAAAAUAAAAGUUACAUAUAACAAACAUGAAUGUUGGUGAUGUAAUUGAAGCAGAAAUGAAAACUCCGAAAUAUUAUAAAAAACAUGAAUAUUUUUCAAAAAAGGAUAUAAGGAAAAAUGUUGAAGAUUUAAAGGAAAAUAAUGUAAUUAUGUGGAAAAAUAAUUAUACAAAUUUUAUUUUGAUUGGCAUAUUUCUUACUGUUAUAUCUUAUAUAUUAAAAAUUCGGGGUUAUUUUUGAAGGAAUUUUUAAUUUGUGAUAUAUUACUUAAUUUCCCUGCAUCCAAUAUCACCCCUGUCUCUUAUACUAUCUAGGGGGGUUAGUUUAAUAUAUUUUUUUUUUUAUUCUGUUUAACGAGAUUUGAUAUAUCAAAUUGCAGAAUCUUUUUAAACCCAUUCAUCAAAUAAAUGUAACUUCUAAUUAAACCCCCCUAGAUAUUAACCUUAUUUAGUUAUUAGCAUUAAUUUAGUGGUAGUCGAGAAACAUUUAUUAUUAUUAAAAAACCAAAAUAUUUUGAAAUGUGAUCAUACAAAAAAAGCAAUAAUAAUAAUUUAUUUGAUUAUCC